AAGACCAAGAAUUGCCUAUAUAUCCUGUAACAGAAGACCCUCAAAACCCAUUCAAAUCUCCUUCUGAAGUGUCCAUAAACUAGUUUCAUAUCGAUCCAUGGCUUCUUACAACUUCAUCCCAGGGCCGUAUAACCAAAGCCCUAUCGCCAUUGAUGAGCACAGAUGGCUCUCUCUCGUUCAAACUGCUCUAAGCGAGACGAUUGACGAAGAAGAUGCAAAAGUUAAGGUACAGGUCUGUAUCUUCUUCGUCCCCAAAGGCUUGUUUUUUCACAAGCCAGAAGCUUUCAUGCCUCAGCUGUUCGCGAUUGGGCCUUACCAUCACUGGGUUCCUCAUCUGUAUGAUAUGGAGCGUUAUAAGCUUGCAGCUGCAAGGAAGUUACAGUGCGACCUUAAUUCUCUCUCACUGGAGGAACUUGUUUGCUGCCUUCUGAAGCAUGACCAAAGGAUUCGCUCUUACUAUCAUAAGUACCUGGAUUUUAGUGGAGAGACACUUGCCUGGAUGAUGGUGAUAGAUGCCUCCUUCUUGCUUGACUUCCUUCGCAACUUCAUAGUUGAUGUAGAAGCUCAGAAAGGCAAACAGAAAUUAUCUCAGUGGGAAACUCCAAGGAUGAAGAUGGCUUACACCAUGGUCACCCGAGACAUUAUCAUGCUUGAGAACCAGAUGCCCUUCUUCUUACUUAGAAAGAUCCUCCGUCGAUGCCGACAAUUCUCUUCUGCAAAACUUGCAGAAGAACAACUCUCCCAGAUGCUUUUAGGCUUUGUUAAGGAGGUUUCCCCUUUCAAUAUAGUUCCUAGCAUCACAUCCAUUGAUGUCAACCAAUAUGAUCAUCUUCUUCAGCUCCUCUAUUUCAUGAUUGUUCCCAAAGUAAACGAAGAAGAAUUCGAUCAGCCACACGAGAUUGAUUUGACCGAUGUGCUCGAUUUGGAGGAAGAAGAUGGAAAAAAGCAUGUGGGGUCUAUGUGGAAGAUCUUUAAUUCUGUUUGGAACUAUGCCUCAAAUGUGAAUAAAGGAGCUACCAUUGAGACAAUCAAAAAGGUUCUCAUCAAAGGUCCAAUCAAAAUCUUGAUUAAGCUUCCAUGGAAUAUCCUCACUAGCUUCCCUGGGAUCUCAAUCAUAAAACAACCUAUUGAAUCUUUUAUCUGCAGUGGAAGUGUUAAGGAAAAGGAUGAUGAUGAUGUUGUUGUCCCCGAUGGAAAGAAUUCUGUUUCAAAGCAGCCAUUGGUUGAAGAGAUAACCAUACCAUCGGUGACAGAGCUAACAGAUGCAGGAGUCAGAUUCAUGCCUUCUAAUGGAGAUCUGACAACAAUAAGGUUUGAUAGGCAGCAAAAACCUGCCACCAUAUACCUCCCAAAGGUGAGCUUAGACAUAAAUACAGAAGUAGUGCUAAGGAAUUUGGUGGCUUAUGAGGCAUCGGCAGAGCCAGGGCCAAUGGUCUUCACAAGAUACACUGAGCUCAUGAAUGGAGUUAUAGACACUGAGGAGGAUGUGAAGAUACUAAGGGAGAAAGGGAUCAUUGUGAAUCGAAUGAAGAGUGAUAAGGAAGUAGCAGAUCUUUGGAAUGGAAUGAGCCGUUCUGUAAAGCUCUCAAAAGUUGAAUUCAUGGAUAAAUUUUUAGAAGAUGUGAAUAGUUACUAUAACAGCAGGUGGAAAGUGAAGAGCAAGAGAUUUAUAAGCAAAUAUGUGUUUGGAUCUUGGCAGUUUCUUACGUUGCUUGCUGCCAUUGCUCUGUUAUUACUGACCUGUUUGCAGGCCUUCUGCAAUGUUUAUAGUUGUGGUAAACGUUGGUUCAACGUUAAAGAAGAAUAGUAAAUGGCCAGUUAGCUUGUGGUAUGAUUUUAUAAAGGAAAAGGUUCCCUACGCCAUUGCUGAUCAAUCUACUUGGUUUGUUUUGCUUAAAAUUAUGUAUGAUAAUGUGUUCAAGUGGUUAAGUGAGACGAUGUUAUCGUUGGAUAUACAUGAUUGUAUUUUUUUAUUUUUUUUGUAGUGGACUUAAGAUGAAAGAUUAUUUUUUGUA